GCCGGAGAGCGGGAACGGUGGCGGGAACGACGGCGGCGGUCCAGGGGGGAAGCAGAAGUCCAGUGACUGGCUGUACGAGUCGUACUACUGCAUGAGCCAGCAGCACCCGCUCAUCGUUUUCCUGCUGCUCAUAGUGAUGGGAGCCUGCCUGGCUCUGCUGGCCGUGUUCUUCGCCUCGGGGCUGGAUAUGGAAGACCACGUGGCGUUCUUAAUCACGGUCCCCACAGCACUGGCUAUUUUCCUGACGAUCUUCAUCCUGGUCUGCAUCGAGUCUGUGUUUAAGAAGCUCCUGCGUCUCUUCUCCCUGGUGAUCUGGGGCUGCCUUGUUGCCAUGGGUUACCUGUUUAUGUUUUUUGGAGGAAUAAUCUGCCCCUGGGAUCAGGUCUCCUUCUUCCUCUUCAUCAUCCUGGUGGUGUACACCAUGCUGUCUUUCUCCAUGCGGGAUGCGGUGGUGGCCAGCGUGCUGACCUCGCUCUCCCACACCGUGGUGCUGAGCGUGUGCCUGUCAGCCAGCGCGGAGAAGAUGGAGCCCCUGGUGUGGCAGAUUUUGGCCAACACCAUCAUCUUUAUCUGCGGCAACAUGGCGGGGGCCUAUCACAAGCAUCUCAUGGAGCUGGCGCUGAAGCAGACCUACCAGGACACCUGCAACUGCAUCAAAUCCCCCAUCAAGCUAGAGUUUGAGAAGCACCAGCAGGAGCGUCUGUUGCUGUCCUUGCUCCCGGCUCACAUUGCACGGGUGAUGAAAGCUGAAAUCAUACAGAGGCUGCAGGGACCAAAUUUCGGCCAAGCGGAGAACACGAACAACUUUCACAAUCUCUACGUGCAGCGGCACACCAAUGUCAGUAUUCUGUAUGCGGAUAUUGUGGGUUUCACGCGCCUGGCUAGCGACUGCUCCCCAGGAGAGCUGGUCCACAUGCUGAAUGAACUCUUUGGCAAAUUCGACCAGAUUGCUAAGGAGAAUGAGUGCAUGAGGAUUAAAAUUCUGGGGGACUGUUACUACUGCGUAUCAGGCCUUCCAGAGUUCCUGCCAAACCAUGCCAAAAACUGUGUCAAAAUGGGACUGGACAUGUGUGAAGCUAUAAAGAAAGUGCGGGACGCCACUGGAGUAGACAUUAACAUGCGAGUCGGAGUCCACUCAGGCAAUGUUCUGUGUGGCGUCAUUGGGCUUCAGAAAUGGCAGUACGAUGUUUGGUCACAUGAUGUCACACUGGCCAAUCACAUGGAGGCUGGAGGUGUGCCUGGGCGUGUCCACAUCUCCUCGGAAACGCUGGAGCACCUGAAAGGGGCGUACAAAGUAGAGGAUGGGGACGGGCAGAACCGAGACCCCUAUCUGAAGGAGCAUGGGGUCGUCACCUUCCUGGUCAUCAACCCCAAGGUGGAGAGACGCAGUCCCCAGCUCAGUUGCCGCCCCAGGCAGUCGCUGGACGGGGCCAAAAUGAGAGCGUCAGUCAGGAUGACCCGCUACCUGGAGUCCUGGGGGGCCGCCAAGCCCUUCGCCAACCUGCACCACCGCGACAGUAUGAGCACCGAGAACGGCAAAAUCAACACCGCGGAUGUGCCGAUGGGGCAGUAUCAUUACCCGCGUAGAACAGAACGAAAGUCCCAGAGGAAGAGAUUUGAGGAGGAGUUGAAUGAGAGAAUGAUCAGAACCAUUGAUGGAAUCAACUCCCAAAAACAGUGGCUGAAAUCUGAAGAUAUCCAGAGGAUAUCCUUGUUCUUUCACAAUAAGACACUGGAGAAGGAGUACAGAGCAACGACUUUGCCGGCUUUCAAGUAUUACGUCACCUGUGCAUGCCUGAUAUUUUUCUGCAUCUUCAUAGUGCAGAUUCUGGUCUUGCCAAAAACUGCUGUGCUGGGAAUAUCCUUUGGGAUGGCGUUCGUCUUGCUGUCCUUGAUCCUGCUCAUCUGUUUCGCUGGCCAUCUCCUGCAAUGCAGCAAAUCCGCCUCCGGUUCCCUGCUCUGGAUCCUAAGCUCGUCCAGAAUCAUCGCCAACAAACCCUGGCCACGUCUCACCCUCACCAUGACAACCACUACACUGAUAUUAAUAAUGGCUGUUUUCAAUAUGUUCUUCUUAGAAGACAAAAUGAUGCCUGCAGCGUCUAAUACCUCCAAUGAGACUUCGCAUUACCCAAAUGCCCAGGGCCCACAAUCCCCAGAGAACAAUUUUUUCUACCUUCCAUAUUUUAUAUACAGUUGCAUUCUGGGCCUGGUCUCGUGCUCCGUGUUCCUGAGGAUUAACUAUGAGCUGAAGAUGGUGAUCAUGCUGGCAGCUGUGGUGGGCUACAACACCAUAAUCCUCCAGACCCACGCCCCUGUGCUGGACGAGUACAGCAAGUUCCUCUACAAAAGCCAGAGUCUGGACAGACCAGGAGUUCUGAAAGACCUGAAGACGAUGGGCUCUGUCUCUCUGUUCAUAUUUUUCAUCACUCUGCUCGUUUUGGCGAGACAGAAUGAAUAUUACUGUAGGUUAGACUUCCUGUGGAGGAACAAGUUCAAGAAGGAGUGUGAGGAGAUUGAGACCAUGGAGAACCUCAACCGUGUCCUGCUAGAGAAUGUUCUUCCAGCCCAUGUCGCCGAGCACUUCUUGGGCCGUAGCUGGAAGAAUGAGACUUCAAAGAGUUCUACACCGAAUCAGAUGUCAACAAAGAAGGCUUGGAAUGCCUGAGACUGCUCAAUGAGAUCAUUGCAGAUUUUGAUGAGUUGCUGUCCAAGCCCAAGUUCAGUGGCGUAGAAAAGAUCAAAACUAUCGGCAGCACCUACAUGGCUGCCACAGGCCUAAACGCAACCCCAGGGCCGGAGUACACAC